AUGUGGUUAUCGCAAAAAAAUAUAGAAAAUAGAACUUCACAAGGUAGUAUAGUGUAGUAGUUAGUCGCAGUGAGUAUACUUAUAGUCUAGAAACUACAUAUCCAAAUGUAUGUUUGCAUUCGACUUGGGUUUACACAUAAGCAAACAUAUAAUUAAACCAAUUAAAGUCUAAACCGAACCCAAACUAACUACUAGCAACUUAACUAAUUUUCUUAAAAUAUCCCGUUUGAACUUUUUGCGACUAUAAAAAAUAUUGUUGUGUUGAUAUUUUGUUGACGUUAGAUAAAAUAAGUAAUAUUAAUCUCUAAGUUAAUUAGUUAACAAUAGACAGUGGAUAGAUAUGAUUGACAGUUCUGCAUGUUUUCACGAGUCGAAAAUAACAUGAGGACAAGGGGUGUGCUUAUUAGUGAAAGAUACGAAGCAAAUGUAGGAUAAAAUGUGUUAACCCGCCAAGAAGUAAGUUCAUAUUUGUGUAUUAGAGUAUGUAGUGUAGAAUUAGAAGUAAUUUGUAAUUGUAAUUCAAUUUAUAGAUCGAAUAAAAACAGUGUAAACAAUAUACAAUUUGAUGGGCAAUGUAUUCAUUUGAUCAGACCACAAAUUCGAUUUCCAAUGCUAACCUGGCAUUCGUAAGAAAUAUAUAAACGAAGAUAAACUUGUGUCCUAACCAGAAGCUAACCAUGCGAAACUAAGAUGUAGAACUGCUAAAGCCGUGCGAACCCAUAUAAAUAAAACACUAAGAAUUAAACUACAAAACAAUAGACCCCCAGGCGAAAUAACUGAAGUUUUGCAAAAGGUGAAACAGGCGUAUUAUUUAGUCGUUAAACAUGAAGAAUUUGCCCAGAACAUUGAAAAUGAUGAGGAAUUCGAAACAGAGGAAAAAUGGCUAGAAGAAAGUCAGGAUGCGUAUCUUCUACUAGAAUGUACAACAAAUGAUUAUAUUAUGAAUAAAAACAAGCAACAUACAUUGGGCGGAAGUGUUGAACGACCGGACACAAGUAGUGGAAAUAGCAGAAGUGAAGCCCAAAUGAACACUGAACAGUCGGAAACAUUCAGAGAAGCUUCAGCAACUGAACAAUCGAGUAAUAAUGUCCAAGAAAAUGUUCAACAAAGCACCACAACAUCCUGUGGAUUCAAAAUGGAAAGACCCAAGAUGCCGCAAUUUUCUGGAGACGUCCGAGAUUACGUCAUAUUUCGGGCUGAUUUUAAAUAUGCUGUAGAUUCGAAGUGCGGUAAAAGAGAUGCAAUGUCCUUGCUACGUACAAGCCUUAGCGGAAGACCCCUGGAGCUGAUAAAAGGAAUUGAUAGUGACUACAAUGCUGCAUGGUAG